UUGCGAAGUUUUUUCGUUCUUCUCUGCAAAUCCCUUCUCCUUCAACCUUCAACAAAUCAAACCUAUAAAAGGUGAAGUGAAAGAAAUUCCAAUUUCCUUAUCAUCAUCAUCUUCAAUCAAGCAAUCCACAAUCGGAAUCCUGUUCGUCCCUAUCAAUUUGUACAAAAAGCGAAGAAAUCAAGCAGGGGAGGGAGGAACAAUCAACAAUCCUGAGUUUCGCUCGCAAUCGCCAUGGGCGACACCAGCAGAGAGGCGUUGAUUAGCAGAAAGGCGAAGGUGUUCAAUCGCUCAGCCUCUCACGCUCAGGACGAAUUGCAUAGCUUCAGAUCGUAUUUGCGAUGGAUGUGCGUGGAUCAAUCGGACAUUUGGAGCGCUGGAUUGUCGUGGUCGGUGUUCUUCCUCUUCGCUAUCGUCGUUCCAGCGACCUCGCAUUUCCAUCUCGCCUGUUCUUCCUGUGAUAGCCAUCACGCCAGGCCGUUCGAUCGCGUCGUUCAAUUGUCGCUCAGCAGUGUGGCGACGGUUUCCUUCCUCUGCCUUUCGAAUUUCAUCAGGAGGUACGGACUUAGGAGAUUCUUGUUCUUCGAUAGGCUCUGCGAUGAAAGCGAAACUGUGAGAAGAGGAUACACCAACAAGUUCAAUAGAUCACUGAGAGUACUAUCAGCAUUUGUGGUCCCAUGCUUCGCGGCGGAGAGCGCGUACAAAAUCUGGUGGUACGCGUCAGGCGCGUCGCAAAUCCCAUUCCUGGGGAACGUUAUAGUGAGCGACGCAGUAGCGUGCUCCAUGGAGCUGCUGUCGUGGCUGUACAGAACCACAGUGAUCUUCCUUGUGUGCAUCCUCUUCCGUCUGAUCUGCGACCUCCAGAUCCUACGGCUGCAGGACUUCGCCACCGUGUUCCAGGUAGACUCCGACGUGGGGUCGGUCCUUUCCGAGCAUUUGAGAAUCAGACGGCACUUGAGAAUCAUCAGCCACCGGUACCGCGCCUUCAUAUUGUGGUCGUUGAUCCUCGUCACCGGCAGCCAGUUCACUUCUCUACUCAUGACUACCAAGUCCUCCUCCCUCAACAUCUACAUCGCCGGCGAACUUGCGCUGUGCUCGAUGACGCUACUGACAAGUCUGAUGAUACUUCUACGGAGCGCCACAAAAAUCACCCACAAAGCGCAGUCAGUGACGGCGCUAGCUGCCAAGUGGCACGUGUGUGCGACGUUGGAUUCUUUCGACGUGACAGACGGGGAGACCCCCAUGGCUGCCGCCGCUCCCACCGACGGAAACCUUAUGUUUCCGGUGACACCGCGCGGCGAUGAGGAAUCAGAGGGGGAGGAAGGUUGCGACGAAGAAGAUGAACUGGACAACACCAAGUUGAUCCCAGCCUACGCGUACAGCACCAUCUCAUUCCAAAAGAGACAGGCCUUAGUGACGUACUUCGAGAACAACAGAGCUGGGAUAACCAUAUACGGGUUUACCCUGGAUAGGACUACACUCCACACCAUCUUUGGAAUAGAGUUAUCCUUGGUUCUUUGGCUGCUUGGCAAAACCAUCGGUUUUUCUUAAACCCCAAAUUCAACUUCUUUAUUAUUAUUAUUAUUAUCGUAAUUAAUUAAUUAAUUCCCACUUCCCACUGCCUUGUAUUUGUGUGCUGUAUUCUUCCAUCUUUGUUUAAUUACUGUCCCCUCCUCCCCCUCCC